CUUCUCUCAGUCCAACGUGGUUCCUCACAGACCCGCUUCUUCUAUUAGAGUUUCGAUUAAUUCAAAGACAGUUAUGAAUUUGGAGCAAGACCGGCCAUUCGUUUGCAAUGCUCCAGGUUGUGCACAGAGAUUUCCAACAGAGGAUCACCUAAUGAUUCACAGGCAUAAGCAUGAAAUGACUUUGAAAUUUCCAGCAAUAAAAACAGAUAAUAUUUUAUCAGACCAGACUCCCACCCCUACUCGAUUUCUGAAGAACUGUGAAGAAGUUGGACUCUUUAAUGAGCUGGCAUGUUCCUUAGAGCAGGAGUUUCGGAAAGCACAGGAGGAGGAAGAUAACAAAAGGGUAUCAGUGGGUUUGAACAUUUCCAAUCUCAGUGAGGUACAGGACAAAGAGACAUCAAUUACUGACAGUUCAACGCAAGCAUCAACUUUAUCUCGGACAGUCUCUGCAACCCGAUCUGAUAAGAAUUUAUCAGUUCAUGGGUCAGUGCAAGGGCCUAUGUCAGGAUCAGCAUCUCAUCUGCUUGCCACCACAAGGAUGCCAAACCAUGACAGUGGAGUAGUAAUUCAGCAAGCCAUGCCUUCGCCAACAUCCAGUUCAGUCAUCACACAGGCACCUUCUACCAAUAGGCAAAUAGGGCCUGUCCCAGGGUCUCUAUCUUCAUUACUGCAUCUCCACAACAGACAAAGGCAGCCCAUGCCAGGGUCAAUGCCUGGCAACCUCCCCAAUUCUGCAAUGCCAGUAUCUUCUGCAGUGUUGAUGCCUAUGGAUAGGCAAUUAUCCAUGAGCUCUAAUAUCAUGGGAAUGCCAGGCCCUUCUCUAAAUAAUCAGUGCACUCCUCCUCAAGUCCAACAAAUGCACUCAGAAGCCAAAAUGAGGCUCAAAGCAGCUCUCAGUCAGCAGCCUACGGCUUUGUCAAAUGGAAAUAUGAACAUGAUGGGUCAAGUAAUGGAGAUGAUGACAUCCAGGCAGGAGCAGGCACCACAGCCACACCAUCACAUGCACUCACAUCAGCAUCAGCCACCUCCUCAUCAUCCUUUCACACAUCAACAUCAUCCUCACCAUCACCAGCAAAACCACCCCCAUUCUCAUCCACACCUACACACAAACCCACCACAACACCAGACCCCUCCGCUUCAACCUCUAACCACCGGAACACAAAGUCAGGUCUCACCUGGAACACAGCAGAUGCAGUCUCCACAGUCAGGGCACCCAACUCCAACUAGUGGAGGCCGCAGAAGAAGGGUUGUAGAUGAAGAUCCUGAUGAAAGGCGGAGGAAGUUUCUGGAAAGAAAUCGCGCAGCAGCAACACGGUGCAGACAGAAGAGAAAAGUGUGGGUGUUGUCAUUGGAAAAGAAAGCAGAGGAGCUCACACAAACCAAUAUGCAACUUCAGAAUGAGGUCUCUCUCUUGAAGAAUGAGGUGACACAGCUGAAGCAACUGUUGUUGACGCAUAAAGACUGUCCAAUCACAACAAUGCAAGAGGAGACACAAAGCUACCUGAGUCCUGAGAACAGUCAGCCGGGAAGUCCCAUCCCUGCUUGCUCUCAACAGCAAGUCAUCCAGCACAAUUCAAUUAGCACUUCGACUGCUGUCAAUGAGGUUGUAGGGAGCUCCACUCUCACCCAGCUCACCAAUCAGAGAACAGACCUGAACCCCAUCCUCUAAAUACUGUCUUUCAUCAGGAAUGUGCUGGCAGAGAAAAUAAAAUCUUUCACUCCAUUCAGGACUUUUGGAACAUCAACGUAACCUUGGAAUUAGAUAUAAUUUUGAAAAAAAAAAGACAAAUUGCUUUUCAUUUUAAUAGUUAUCAAAAUGCUCUUUUUUUUACUUUAGUUAUGAAAAAGGGAAAUAUGCAAUUAACGUGCUAAUAGCUUGGGAAUGCUUUGAUGCUUUUCUCAUAACUUGCUGGUACCAAUUUGAAGGUUCUGCUAAAAAAAAAUGUUUUGAACUUCUUGAAUUUUAUUACAAUAUAUUUGUAUAUAGUCUUCAUCUAUUAUCACCGGCAAGAUUUAGCAAUUUAACAUGAUUUGCAAAUUAGCAAGUACAUUGAGGCACCAAACAGUAUGGCCACCACUAAAGGGAAGCCUCCAAAGUAUACUAUGGACAUAUCCCAUAAUGCAGCCUCUAUUUCUUAAAAUUGUUUAUUUGCACUGAAAAUCAAACUUUAUGAAUUGAGAUUAAAGAUGAGUUAAUAUGAUCAGCACAACAUAUUGAAAUUUCCAUUAUUUCAAUAUUGAGAAACAAGAUAUCAUCUGAACUCCCUUCUCAAUAUGAGCCAUUAUGAUGACUAAAUUAUAAGUUGUAAUUUUCAUGGUCUAUGUCAUAUCUUAGUCUAUUUUACAGACAUAAUUCCUCCAUUUAUAUGAGUUCUUGUUUAUCUAGCAUCAUCUUUUAAGAUUCACAGUAAGAAUGAUCUAGUAAGCAUCUCCAUAUGGUGUUUAGUUACAUCUUGUUGACAUUAGCCUCAUAGAUCAGACUUGAAGGCUACAACUAUAGUGAUUACACAAUCACUAGUUUGUCUGAGCAAAAUCUGCUGCUUAAAUAUUUCUGAUAUGUAUUUUGGUAAGAGAAUAGGGAAAGGAAGUCCCAGUUAUGUCAUGAAUCUGCUUUUCUAUCAAACUGAAAAACUAUGUACAAAGCCAACUAGUUACAAUUCUUCUUAAACCAUCCCUAUUUAUUUGAAGCAACACGAAACAAUUCAAAAUAGUUAUAAUGUCUUGAAAAGUGUUAAUGCUUUUUGAGACUAAAGCCUGGUAACUGGGAAUUUUAAAGUAAUUUGUACAUGUUGGUAUUUAGUUAUUACUCAAAAAACAUAGUGAGAGCAGAGGUAUUUCAACAAUUUGAAUAGUUCAGUGAAUAGAUGAUGAAAUGCACCUUUAAUUCAAUCUUUAUUUAUUAAUGAAAGCCACAGCUCACUAAUGUUAAAUUCGCCUUGACUGCCUCAAUAAUAAUAAGCUCUAUCACAUGAAAGCUGGACCCACCUUCUAUUGCCUAACCUGCAGCAACAAUGUGAGUGAUUUAAAGUCCAUUUUAGAAAUUCUUUGGAAAUGGACCAGUUAUGGCACAACAUUGAAUGAACGGUAAUUGAUUCCGCAGUCAUGCACUCAUGCCAAGGAACCACACUUGCAGGCAGUGCGGUUCAGAAAAUCGUGGGUCUACAGCCCUGACUGUGGAACCUUACUUGCACUUAAUGUAAGUGCCACUUCUUAUUGGGAGGGGACAAUCAUGGCAAUCAUUUUUUAAUCCAGAGCGGGCAGGCACGUAGGAGGGGUUUGUUGUAUUGGCCAAAAGUAUUUACAACUCCACCAAGGACAUCUUGUAUCCCAUGCCUCAUUUAAAUUAAGUCAUCCACUUUUUGCUGAGCUCAGCAGGCACCUCAUCUCCCACCAAAACUGGCAGAGUGACAGAGGUACAGGAGGGAACAGAAAAUGAAGUGGGACUGUUCCAUUUAAACUCCUCUGCUGCUCUAUGCCAUAAAACAGAGCAAGUUAAAUUUCCCCAUGCAAUUCGUCCCAUCCUCCCUCUGUAACAUUUGAUGAGUGUACUGUGUCUCUGGAGGAUGGACAUCAGCCCUUUAGCCUUUUUCAGUCCUUUAGCCUAUUUCUAUUGACCUUCUUACUUUGUUUAAAAAAAAGCCAUCUCCAUAUUUGGUGAAAAUUAUCACAAUGCCAACUAGUGAAAGAUCAAGUCUGGCAAGUUAAAAUCUAGGCACCAAUUUGUAUUUGUUACUUUUCAGCUAUCUUACAGCAAAUACUCAAGUAUAAGUAGUGUGUUUUCAUAAGAUUAGAGUAAAAUGUCAAUUUCUUGGCAUUUGAAUUAACAUUGCAAACCAGGAGACUCAUAUGAGCCCACAAUGCAAAUAUCCACCCAUUCCCUACAGGGAAGAAAAGAACUUCACACAUGCACUGAACUCGUAAUUUAAUACCCAUCUGUCACAUGGAGUGAAUUAGGCUAAACCCAAUUGCAAACCCUUUGAGACUGGAUUCCAUUAAAUGAUCCUGAUCCAAACAUAACGCAACCUCUUAGGGAAGGGGUGAGGUUUUGCUACAAACUUAGUUCUAACGUAAUAUAUUACUGAGAAAUUUUAAAGCUCUGAAGCACUGGAAAGUAACUUACCCAAAACACUAUGUGCUAUAAUCUUUCUCUAAGGCCUAUUCUUAUUUUUAAAAAGCUAAUGCUUUUAAAGAAUUUUGCAGAUGAUCACACUGGAAAUUGAUCCUUCCAAUCUGAGAUUAAAUUCACCCUUAACAGUUUAGAAUUAGAUUUCUUCUCUGUGAAGAAGAGGCAUUUGAAAAGAUCAGAGGCAUUAUCACACUGAAGUGAGUGAUACACUGGACAUAUGACAAAAGAACCACCUAUUUUAAUAAUUCACUAUCCAAAGGAGAAAAGAAAAUCAUAUUUUCAUUUUUGAAUUAUUGACUUUGUUUUCAAACUUACUAAAGUAUAACUUCUAAAUGAAAAUACUGUGAUUAGCAAGCAGGAAACAGAGACAGGACAAGAUGCUAAUGAUUAACUGUUGGCAGUUGGCAACAUUACUAGAGGCAAAUGGGGACAUCAACACCAUCUUUGAAAUGCCAUACACAAGUUACGGAUCUUUCAUAGUGGAGCAAAGCCCAAAAUAUUUAACCCCAGAUUGUUUAAGACGUUGUUUUAAAAGGGUGAAUCAAAUGUCAAAAACGCUUAUAAUCGAGUUACAUAUCACUUGUGACCCUAGAGGUUGAGUUUGGUCUUUUGCUUUACAUGUGUAUGUCUGAACCAUUUAACACAAGGCUGCUUUGCACCCUAAGCAGAUUACUAUUUCAGUAAAAUGCUUGGAAUGGGAAAAGGUAAUCUGUCCUGUCAAGUCCUUUCCUCCCACAGACCAUGAACAAUUCACUUUGACAGGACUGUGUGCGGCUCCAUUAAAUGAUCUAAGAAAAUACUAUAUGAAAUUUCUGUCAGCUACAGCUCUCUUAAAACUAAAUAACGGCCAGAAAUUGGCCUGGGCCUUAUUUCAACUAACACAUCCCUGAACUGUGAGGCCUGAAGAUCAAUAGGAUUUAGUCCUUGGGCCUCAUCAGUGUUCUCAUAUAAACUGUUAACUCUGGUUGUGAUUUCAUUGGCAGUUUUCCGAGAGAAAAGUAUUAAUACUUCAUCAGCAGCAACCUUUAGAUAAUUUCCCAAUGCCUGCAUCUUUCGUUGCUAAUUAAUUCCUUAUUGGGGUUUUUCAACAGGUGUUAGAUCCACUUUGCAAUUUUAAAUUACUCAAUCUCUGUUCUUAGGUAUUUGAUCUCUGUGUCUAUAAAAGUAGUCCCACAAAUUUGUGAUUGCAUACCAAUGUCUACCCAAAUAUAUCUAGGCCCACAGGGAAUGGAAGAAAGAGUGUUAGUGUGAUGAAAUUAAUUUGGAUUUUUGGUGCAUGCAUCAAUGAAAAUCAGCACAACUUUAAUGGAUAGAUAUCUAUCAGGAGUUAUAACUUGUCUUCUGAAGUUGUAUAAAAAAGUCUUUCCAUUUUUGCAGACAAUCUCAGGCUAAGCUACUUUAGAAGACUAUGCCCAUCUCUAUCCUGCAUAACACAAAGCCAUUAAGAAUAUUUUGCAGUUGAUGUGAUCUAUGUCCCUCUGAAAAAUGACAGCCUCAAAUAGAUUCAAGGUUACAGAAUAGGCUAUUACUAAAAGCUAUUGUUGUUCCUGUGAAAGCAAUGGCAAACACAACUAUACAAAAGAAAAGGAACUAAGUAUUUUAUAUUGAAAACAUUUACCAGGUACUGGCCAUCCCCUUUAAUAUAAUCAGCAAAGUCAAUCUGUGGAUAAAUGAAUAGCCUAUAAUGUUACAAUAAUAUAAUCAACUAGAAUUUCAGAAGACAUCUUCAAAGUUAGAAUCAACUAGUAUUAAAUUUAAGAGUGGUUUUAAAUGUAACUUUUGCCAUUGAAUUAAUUUUACUAUCAGCAACAUCUUGUCCUCAUUAAAUAUCAAAGCUGCAUUAAUUGGAUUUUACCCCAAGUAUGAUUGAUUCUUUGCAUCGCAUUACCUUCAUAAACGAAUCAUUAUUCAUGUGGCAUAUUGGACUAUAACAAAGUUUGUUUACUUCCUUGUACAAAUACUGCCCGAAGGGGUUGUGUCCAGGUUUCAAACAAAAAUCUGUCAACUUAAACAGAAUUCAAAGAGAAACAAUUUAUUUAUGUCUGCACAGCUUUUUACUGAGUUAAAUUUUCCCCUGACCUUUUUUCUUGCUGUUACUUUUAGUAAUUAAGCAUGUUUAACUAUUUUAUUGUUAUCUUCUUCAGUCCAGAUUAUCUGUGAUCCAUCAUUCUAAGUGCCACAUGUGACAAUUGUUCUUCUGAAUUUGUAACUGAUUUUAAUCUAUUGGAAGAGAAGACAUGCAUUAUUGAUGUUUAAUAUUAUUGGACAAAAUGGUUUGAUAAUAAGCUAAGACAAUGAGCAUACUGUGCUCAACUUAACAUGAAUUGUAUUUGUGCACUUUUUUUUGUUUCGUAUAUAAUAAUGAAUGAUGGACCUGUAACUUAAAUCUCACCCUUCAAGGAUCUACAACUGAUACACUGGGAUUCAACCUACCUGUUUUUGGUUGCACUAAUGUACCCAAACUAAAUUGCACAGUAUUCAGCAAACUGAGACCACCUCAUUGCACAUCUACAUUACGGAACAAUUGUUUACACUGCUUCACAUCUAAAUUCCUAUUGUAAUAAUCUUUUGCAGUGCAUUAUUGUAACUGCACAAAUUAACCCUGAACACAUUCCUCUAUUUGUAAAACAUAGUUUAUAGGGUCACAAUUAUAAAAUAAUUGUUUCCCUUCAAUCGUGGGUAUAAUUCGAAAAUGAAAAGAUGGAACAGGGGUCAGAGGGAAUUUGUGCAUUUUUGUUGUAGACAAAUGCUUUGUUUGAAGGCUACAUUUCUGAAAGUGAGUACAACCACAGACCAUGAUAAACUCAAAAAGUAUGGACAAAACUAUAUUGGAUUUUAAUGAAACAGAGACAGGAUCAAGAACAAAUUUUAAUUCGUCCAAUGCAAGAAUUGCUUUAGUUAUGAACAUGAUUUCAUAACAAUUUAGUGCAGCAAGGAACAAAUCAAUUUCUUAGUUACUUAGUUUCUGUAUAAUUUCAUUUUAAACCACAAAACCACGUUCUACUUUGUAGCACAGAUGUUAGCUAAUACAAAACAUUUUCUGUAAUAUCAUAUUUCACCUAUUUCAGAACAAAAUCUGAAAAUGUGGUGUUCAUCAGAUAAUAUUCAGUCAUAAUGUUAUCAUCACAUUGCAAAUACAGAUUGCUCCUCAUCUGCAGGUGUGUCUAGAUAUUCAUAAAACACCAAUACUAGUUGGGAGUCUUAGCAUCUUCAAUACUUUUUGAUAAGCCAUCAGUUUAUGCAAAACAAAAUAUGGAAUAUAAAUUGUGAACUCUCAUUCACUAUUAGGGACCAAAUAAAAAUUAGUCAAGGUAGUCACAGUUUAUGAUGAUAUUGUUAUAAGGUGCUAUCUGAAUGUGUAUAGUAGUUAACAUUCCACAGAAAUUUGAUUUAAGAUUUUGAGCUUUAAGUUUUUUUUAAACUGUGAUUUGUUGAGAAAACUAUUAUUUGACCCUCUUGCUAACUUUAUCAAGCAAGAUUAUCCAUUUUCUUUUAAAAUAAUUUUUGACUAACGUCUAACACCAGCCAUAAAAUGGAUCAGUUUUGGUCCAAGAGAUGUUUUGCUCUAAGUGCAAUGAUAAAAAUCCACAUCCCAUGUUUUGGAAUUCAUCAAGUUUUUGUAUUCUUAAGUAAGAAUUGUCUAAUAGAUUCCCACGUUGUAGAAAGCAUUUAAUUGAAAGCACUAUGAGCACAAUUAUGUUAGAUAUAGACGUUUAGAAAUAGAAAAGAUGUUCUCUUUUUGUGUUGAACAAUCGUAAUCAGCUUUCCAUAAUGUUUUCUUGGAAUGGUUAUUACUAGAAAGCUUGACGAAAAUGUAUCAGUGUGGAGAAGUGAUAUAUUUUCUUUGCUUAUGGAAGAUUAGAAGCAUUAUUAGAGGCAUGCGGGCACUUUAGGGAACAUAGAGGUUUCACGACACAAGCUCUGUUUUGGAGACACUUUCCUGAAUCAUACCUACAAGUUCCUCAAUCCUGCCAUAAAGGUAGUUAAACAAUUGCCACCAUUGUUUUUUUAAAAAAUGCAGAUAUUUGGUUGUAAGUAGUAAGAGAACAGUGCAAUUUUAAAAUUUUCUUGUUAGUUUAAGUGGCGUUUCACCUUUAUCCAAAAGCACUGUGGGAGGUGGACCACCCCACUCUAGUAGCUCAGCUAGUUGGAAUCAAUGAUGUGUAAUAGCAUUGUGCUUCGAAAAAGAAAUGCAUCAAAACCUAUUUUUUCUGAAGUCACAUCACUGCACCUGAAUACACUUUAAAAAUCACAGAAUUAAAUUGGACCAUGUGUUUGGAGUCAAACUUGUGAAGUAAUAGCUUAAUCUCUGAGCACAUCAGCUAAUCAUGGAGACAGUAUACCUUUUAACCCAUCUGGGAUACAUUUCAAAUACAUAAAUGUGGAUCCACAUGCUAUUGAAGCUGCUUCCACUUUUUCAGAAUGUCCCAUACUGUUUGUUCAACAAUUCAGUUCAACUGCUUCAAACUAUUCAAACAAUAUUGUGACAAAAUACAUUCUGUCUAUGCCAGCAAUUUGCAUUCUGUCUCUUUAAGCUUUGGUACUCAUUGGUAUCACAGUGUGGACAACAUUCAUCUUGUUUCCUUCUGAAGAUGUUUGUUAACCACUUUCCUUGGUACAAGGAAUAAAUAUUUGGUACAUACUUGUAAAUACUUGUUUUACAGCACUUAUUUUUUUGUUAUUGUAUUUUGAGCUUAUGCUUCAUGAGCAUAUUCAUCAUUGCAAGUAAUGACGAUUAAAUCUGUUGAUCGAGAUUAAAAUUUUACAUUUGAAUAUUGCUGAAUAAAGAGACAUGUCGCUGAAGCUGCUCAUAUUGCAUGAAUCAAGACAGCUGAAUGAAUGCCAAGUUUCAAACAAUCGCAACAAAGUACACUACAGUAGAAAAGGGUGCGAAUUUGACAAGUGAGGUGUGAUUGGCCAAGGCUUUGCCUUGCAGAGAGCGAUGAUAAACAAUAGGCACUCCAGCUCCCAGAUAAUACAAAUAAGGCUCAAGGCUUGAAUAUAUUUCUCUUGUUUGCACUUAUCAGCUACGAUAUAUGAAUUUAUGUUGCUUCUAGCAAGCAAAAAUGAGCCACAAAUUAAAUCAGUUGUUAAUGUAGCUCUUAGUAUGCUCAGAAUUGUUCAGCCAGUGUAUCUGAAUUGCAAAAUCACAGCUAACAGUUAAUGUUUUGUUUUGGGUUUUGGAAAAAUGAGCUGGUUAACUAUAUUUUGAACUCUGUCUAUUAUGAACAACCAAAGAUGGCCAUGCAAGUGUUUUUUUCCACCAAUAGAAUGCUGUAAUUUUUCCCGAAAGACUUUUUGCCUACCUCACAAUUGAGCAACAGUAUAUAUGAAUUUAAGUACCAAUGUAAUGCUAGGUACUUAGGUCAUAUGCCCCAUUGAUUGGCUGAGCAAAUGAAACAGUGUGUUCCUCUGAAUGCCCAUGUUAAACAAAGUACUGAAUAUACAUGACUAAUCUGUACUUGCAAUCCCUAAAGCAAAAUGUUUCUUGUUAGAUGUGAUUCCAUGAUUGGGCAGCAUUUGCAGAAUAAUUCUGAAUAUUACUGUUAGAAGUGUACAAGAUUGAAAGCUUCAGCAACCUGUCCGUCUUUUCAGCAAUAUUCAAGUUCUGUACUACCAAGUGACAAUUUUACAUUUCUUUCUCAUCCGGUUAGUAAAGAUGUGCAUUUGUAAAAAUGUUAAAUAUCACUGCAAUAUAAUUAAUAAAGCACUCCGGCA